AUGGGAGCAGUGGAUGUAGCAGCUAUAGCGGUAGCAGCUGUAGCGGCAGAGGUGGCGGCUGUAGCUGCAGAAGUAGUGGAAGCGGCUGCGGUUGCAGUUGGGGCGAAGGCAGUAGUAUUAGAGGCAACUGCAGCUACUCUAGCGGCAGCGGCAGUGGCAGUAGUAGCAGCGGCAGCAGCGGCAGCGGCUGUAGCGGCAGCGGCAUCGGCUGUAGCAGCAGCCGCGGCGGCUGUAGCGGCAGCAGCAGCGGCAGUGGCUGUAGUGGCAGCAGCAGCGGCGGCUGCGGCAGAGGUGGCGGUGGCAGCUGUAGUAGCACCUGCAGCGGCCAUAGCGGUAGCAGCAGUAGUAGCAGAGUCAGCGGUGGCAGCGGCAGCAGCUGCGACAAGGGACGGCGGCUGCAGCUAUAGUGGCAGUGGCGGGUGCAGGAGUAGCAGAGGCGGUGGCCGCGGGGCGGCGCAAGCGUGGGGUAGCGAGGGGCAGACCUAA